AUGACAGCAGUCGAGCUGGCGAGUGGCUACACAGCGUUCGAUUCGCCGCCGGCGCCGACAUAUCGGUUUGUGAUCUCGUCCAAGGCAGAGAAGAUCAGCAUUUGGCUGGAGAACCUGCAGUCCAAGAAGCAGUGGCGCACAAGCUAUCUGGACGCGAAGGACUAUGUGACGGGAAUGAACAGCAUUCCGGGCGCCUCUAUGGUGGACUACGUCUCGCUUUUCAAGGACACGCUGGUAUAUCUGAUGGGCGAAGCUAAUCAGCGCAAAGCCGUCGCGGAUGCCGACAAGGCGAAGAUUCGACGCAACUUGAUUGAGCAUGUGCUGAAGCCUGUUUCGCUGGACCGCAUUGACAUCGUGGAGGCUAAACUCCGUGAUGCGGAAGAGCGAUUGGCGAGGACGGAGUCGAAGCUUUGUUGCGUGCAAGAACAAGCGGCUGCGACGGAGAUUAAACUCCAGGAAGCGGAAGACAAGUUGGCGAAAACCCCCAAAGAGGUGGUGCACCUGUAUGUUGCGUCAAGCAACGUGAAGAUGCUGAAUGACAAAGGCCUGAUCAUCUGGAACGACAAUAAGCUCGAACAUUUCGAGUUCACGAACGAGCGAGAAGGAAUACGCAUUCUCGUCCCUGGGUGGUACAUUUUGAACCUGAAGGUGCAUUUACGUCCGCAAUCGGAUGGGGGAAUCGUGGAUCUGCGUAAAAACAGCGGCAGGAUCCAAUGCAGCCAAGUUCCGUGUGGUGGUGGCGAAUAG